AUGGCCGAAGUCACAGACGACACGAUCGCCAAGUUGCGCAAAGUCCUCACGUCCGAGAACGAAUCUCUCGCACGGAGAUUUCGCGCCUUGUUCUCGCUCAAACAUGUUGCGUGCCUGCACCCUCCAACCGACCAAACACUCCCCGCGAUUGAAGCGAUAGCAGCUGCAUUUGCGUCUCCGUCCGAACUUCUCAAACACGAGCUUGCGUAUUGUCUAGGGCAAUCUAGGAACCCGGAUGCGGUUCCGUAUCUGACACAUGUUCUCGAAGAUCGUCACGAGGAUGCAAUGUGUAGACAUGAAGCCGCGGAAGCCCUCGGUGCAUUGGGUUACGCAGAGAGUUUGGAGAUUCUAAAAGCCCUGAGGGACGAUCAAAGCGAAGUAGAUGUGGUGCGAGAGACAUGCGACAUUGCAGUUGAGAGGAUCCUGUGGGAAGCGUCGCGAGAAAGCAAACAGGAGAAACUCAAGCCCAGUGACUUUGCAUCUAUCGAUCCGGCGCCGCCUCUCCCACAGUCUACGAAGGAAAUCUCCAUUCCAGAAUUAGAAUCAAUAUUGCUUAAUAUCGAACUCCCUCUAUUUCAAAGAUAUCGUGCCAUGUUUGCCUUGAGAGAUCUUGCAUCGCCCCCAGACUUGCCAACUGCUGUACCGGCCGUUCAUGCUUUGUCGAGUGGAUUCAAGGAUCCAUCUGCACUAUUCCGCCAUGAAAUCGCAUUUGUAUUCGGCCAGCUUUGUCACCCAGCUUCAAUCCCGAGUCUCACAGCCACGUUAAGCGACCUAAACGAGAUGGGCAUGGUGAGACAUGAAGCAGCCGAGGCUCUCGGAAGCCUUGGAGAUGAGGACGGUGUUGAGGAAACAUUGAAAAAGUUUUUGAACGACCCAGAGAAAGUGGUGAGAGAUAGUAUUAUUGUGGCUCUCGACAUGGCUGAGUUUGAGAAAAACGGCGAGAAGGAAUACGCUUUAUUACCCGAGACAGGCGUUGCUGCAACUUCAGGCCAAUCUUCUUGA